UAAAUUUAGUACAUUUCAGAGCUAGCUAUUCCCAGAGUUGAAAAACAAGAUGAAAGUUGAAGUCCUGUCAAGAGAGCUCAUAAAACCAUAUAUAUCUACUCCAUCCAAUUUACAACACUACCGCAUAUCAUUACUAGAUGAGCUUUCCCCAACGAUGAAUAUUCCCACAAUUUUAUACUACACUGAUAUUCAGAGUAGUAACCACUUGAAAAUUUCACUAGCAAAGGUUUUGACUAGAUUCUACCCUUUAGCAGGAAGAUACGUGAAGGAGGCUUGCAUGGUUGAUUGUAGUGACCAAGGUGCUGAAUUUGUGGAAGCCAAGGUUGACAUUCGAAUCGAGGAUCUUAUCAGCCAAGGGAAGGAUUUGAAGGUUGAGCUGCUUAAUUUGUUGAUUCCUCGUCCAAUUGGUGCAGUUGAUGAGGUUAGUGAUCCUUUGCUUGCUAUACAAGUAAGUACAUUUGCCUGCGGCGGGCUUGCCAUUGGGCUGAUGAGUUCUCACCGCGUUGCUGACAUGGCAACCACCAGCAAUUUCAUUACUGAGUGGGCACUUCAUGCAAAGAUACAUGGUCGUGAAGAUUGCUUGUCAAUGUCACCGAGAUGGAACUCAGGCCUGUUGUUCCCGGGAAAACACUUUGCUCCACUUCAUUUAGGUCUUUCCAGGUCCGAGGAAAAAUUCGAGGUUCAUAAGGUUAUUACAAAGGUGUUUCACUUUAGCAAGAGCGCGAUUUCAAGAAUUCAAGAGAAGGCUAGAGGAAACAGCUUGAGUGAGAAGCUGCCAACAAGGGUGCAAUGUGUGGUAGGACUACUAGGGAAAGCUAUUAUCGAUUCGCAUGUUGCUAAUCCUGCAAACCCUAGAGAGUUCUUGAUGUCUCAGAUACUGAAUUUGAGGGGAAGAACGAUUCCUCCACUGCGAAAAAGCCAGUGUGGGAAUCUCUACUUAACUGCUUUCGUUGAAUCCGUUGCAGGUGAAGGAGGGGUGGAAUUUCAAAGCCUUGUCGAUAUGCUUUCAACGUCUGUGAAGAGUGGAAUAGAGGAAUGUAAAGAUGCACUCUCAACUGGGGAAGAAGGACAAAUGAUGGUAGCUAAAAAUUUCCAUGAUUUCAAAGAUUCUAUAACGAACCCCGGAAGUUUUUGUGCGGGUUGUUUUAGUGACUUGUCGAAAUUUCCAUUUUACGAAGCUGAUUUCGGGUGGGGGAAGCCUGUGUGGGUGAGUAUGGCCAACAUUCCGGUGAGUCAUGGGUGUUUUCUGUUGGCUGACGAAUCAGGCCAAGGGAUGGAAGCAUGGAUAGGUUUGAAUGUGAAUGACAUGUCUAAGUUGGAAAUGGAUGGCAACAUUAUGGAAUUUACUACUCAGGGAAUGGGCAGAAUUGACUAAUUCUCGAUUUGGUGGCUUGUUUGUUAUUUAUUUUACUUUUCUAAUAUAUGAACUCAACCUAUUGUUGUUUGAUGAAUGUGUGUUAUUCUCGUAUUGGAAUAAAUAAAUUUUUAU